UCUGACUCGAUUCCCGGAGAUAUUUUCUCACCUCGUCUUCCGAUCGGUGGACCACUUGGAAUUUGGAUAGAACUUGAAACCUUCCUUCCUCCUCGCUUUCUCCCGUCUCUCAUCUCUCGCCGGAUCUUUGUACUCUUGUCGCCGUCCACCGCAGUCGCAGUUUCGUGGCUGUGCUUCUCCGGCCAUUUUGCACUGGGAAAGUCGGUUUACUUCUUCAGCAUCGCUAAGCCAUCAAUUUCUUCUUAAAUUUCCAAGCAGAAAACAUGAGGAAAGGAGAGGGCGGAAGUUCAAAUUCUCAAUCUCCAAAAAAGCUGAAAUUUGUACCAAAAAUACCUUCUCGGAAGGCACGAAAACGAACUGUAGCUAACGAGGAGCCAUCUGAGAGUUAUCAUGAGGUUGUCGGCAAAGAACUGGUUUUAAAAAUUCAGAGAGCAACCAUGGGCAGUGGGUUACUACAGAAGACAUUGUCAAGCGAUAGGAAAGCAGUUGCUCAAACAGAAGUUGCAUUUGGACAUGUUGAUUCCAAAUUUGCAAGAUCGUUUCCAAAAGGCAAGGCCAAAGUAAACCAGGCUGAAGUAAAUGAGAUUCAAGACAUUGAUGAUGGUGAAAUAAUUCCAAAAAUAAAAAGUCACUAUGUCGAUCCCUGGGAUUAUGAAAACUCAUAUUAUCCGGUUACCCUACCAUUAAGGAGGCCUUAUUCAGGAAAUCCAGAAAUUCUCGAUAAAGAGGAGUUUGGAGAAGCCUCAGCACCUGUAGCAUUGAAUUGUAGCAAAAUUAGUCCAGCAGAAGAGCUUGGGUUGAUGCAGGAAAAGAGUGCGGCAAAACGGAUGUUUCUUUUCCAGUUUCCUCCAACUCUUCCAUCAGUCAAGAAACCUGCUGCUGAUGGGGCUAGCAGAAGCACUGGCAAGUUGGAAAAGCAAUUUACUAAUGGAUGCAAGUUGGAAGAUCUCCCUGAAGGGCUCAUUGGCAAAAUAAUGGUGCACCGAAGCGGAAAAAUGAAGAUGAAGUUGGGAGAUUCCUUCUUUGAUGUAUAUCCUGGAGUAAAAUGUGAUUUCGCCCAACAGGUUGCGGCAAUUAAUGUCAAAGAGAAGCACUGCUGCGUCUUGGGAGAGCCUGGCAAGCGUGUGGUGGUGACUCCAGACGUAGAUUCUCUAGUAAAUGCUAUAUAGCUUUGUUAUGAGUUCUAGCACUUUCUACUACAGCAAGCUGCUUCCUUGAAAUUAGACAUGGUAAUGCUUAGUUUGAUGCUAACAAAAGUUUCUCCAAAAAGUAUUGAGAUGGUCGGCAUGCAAUAUGAGUUCAA